AUGUUUGGCCGUGACAAGAGGACCGGUAGAGGUGGCAGUGGGCAUGGGUGUGCGGCUGGGGAACCAAGAAAGGGUGUCGGCAACACGUUCGGCAGGUGUUUCGGUGACCCAGACGCAGUGGCAACGGUAGUGGUUCAGGGCUGGGCCGAGAUACCAACCUUUGACAGCGUGGGGGGCCCAAGUUUCGCGAGCAGCAGGCUUGAUGUGAACAAGGACGCGAGUGCCGGGAGGAGCUUGGGGGGUGCGGUUAAAGUCAAAGGCGCCGUGGAGCUGGGCAUGAGCAGACAGUUUGGGAUUGAUGCGGGAGCGGCGAAGAAGAUUUAG